UGCCCACCAUGCACACGUGCAGCUGUUUUUCCCCUACAAAGGAGGGACUCUGAAGCAAGAUGACGAGGCUGAGUGUCUCCAGUGAGAGUCACAGUAAAUGUCCCAGUUGUAAAUUCUACUAGUCUAGAAAAAUAAUAGAUUUUACUAUAAUAUCUGAGUAGUAGAGUUUUUAACUUACAGUUAUUAAGGACCAAUGUAAAAUACAUUUUUCCUUUUUUUUUUUUAAGCAAUGGAGGUUCAAUACUGCUGAAUAAAGUAAAAUUGCUACAUGUCACCUAAGCUGAAUCUCUUGCAAUAUAUAUACAGUUAUAAAAUACUGCAAAUGAACUGUUAGACAUUUUUAGAACUUUUAGCAGCAUUAAUACACAUAUUAACUUACAUUCUAUUUACAUUUAAAGGUUGUAUUUAUAACUGUAAUAAAUGAAAAGUGUAAUUAAUAUUUCAAUGAAAACGCCAAUCUUGGAAACUUUGGUGGUACCUGCCUGGAAGAAAGGACUCUUCAAUUCCUUGUAUUUAUUGCUUACUUUCUUAUGGUUAUUGGCAGGCUUUAGAUGAACUACCAACAACUACAGUUCUGACGACAGAAAGAUACAACUACUCCCCAUGAUGUCCACUUUAGUCAACAGAAGUUAAUGCUGGACAACAAAAACACCUCAUUUGUACACACAGUUCCUAUGUACUAUUUUGUAAGUUUUCGAAGAGAUUAUCAUUUGUAAAUCCACACUGAUUUCCUCCUCGUUACUUACUGUUACAUUUAUUUUAAAACAGAUUUUAGGAAGUUCUGAGCAGAAGAAUAUUUGACCGGAACUAGAGGAUCAUGAUGACAACAAGAUUCAUCUGUUUAAUGCUAAUAACUGUUGUGGGUGUUACUACAAGUGAAACACAGGAAUCUGAAGGCAAUGACAAGGAAAAGGCUCAAGAAUUCAUUUAUACGAACAGAUAUAAACGUUCCAGUGACACACAGGACAAAUGCACUUACACCUUUAUUGUACCUCAGCAGAGAGUGACAGGUGCCAUUUGUGUUAAUUCUAAGGAGCCUGAAGUUCUGCUUGAAAACAGGGUAAAUAAGCAAGAAUUACAGUUACUUAACAAUGAACUUCUUAAACAAAAGAGACAAAUAGAAACUCUCCAGCAACUGGUAGAGGUGGAUGGUGGAAUUGUUAAUGAAGUUAAACUCCUAAGAAAAGAGAGCAGAAAUAUGAAUUCUCGUGUCACACAACUCUACAUGCAGCUAUUACAUGAAAUUAUCCGAAAACGUGAUAAUGCCUUAGAACUUUCUCAACUUGAAAAUAAGAUUUUGAACCAAACUGCAGACAUGUUGCAGCUUGCAAACAAAUACAAAGACUUAGAGCACAAGUAUCAACAUUUGAUGUCAAUUGCCAAUAAUCAGACAAUAAUAAUUGCCCAGCUGGAAGAACAUUGUCAAAGAAUGCCAUCCAUAAAGCCACUGCCACAAACUCCACAACCACCAAUUAAAGUGUACCAGCCUCCUACUUAUAAUCGCAUUAAUAACCAGAUAUCUACUAAUGAGAUUCAAAGUGAUCAGAACUUAAAGAUUCUGCCACCUACCUUACCAACCAUGCCUGCAGUUACUAGUAUUCCAACUUCAACUGAUAAACCAUCUGGGCCCUGGAGAGACUGUCUACAAGCAUUAGAAGAUGGCCAUGACACAAGCUCCAUCUAUCUUGUAAAACCAGAAAAUACAAAUCAGCUGAUGCAGGUCUGGUGUGACCAACGGCAUGACCCCGGUGGCUGGACUGUCAUUCAGAGACGGCUGGAUGGCUCUGUCAACUUUUUCAGGAACUGGGAAACAUAUAAGCAAGGAUUUGGUAAUAUAGAUGGAGAAUAUUGGCUUGGAUUAGAAAACAUUUACUGGUUAACAAAUCAAGGCAACUACAAACUGCUCAUAACAAUGGAAGAUUGGUCAGGUCGAAAAGUAUUUGCUGAGUAUGCCAGCUUCAGGCUGGAGCCAGAGAGCGAGUACUACAAGCUGAGACUGGGGCGCUACAACGGCAACGCGGGAGAUUCCUUCACGUGGCACAACGGCAAACAGUUCACCACGCUGGACCGGGACCACGACGUAUACACAGGUAACUGUGCUCAUUACCAGAAGGGAGGCUGGUGGUACAAUGCAUGUGCUCACUCAAAUCUCAAUGGAGUCUGGUAUCGUGGAGGACACUACCGCAGUCGGUACCAGGACGGAGUUUACUGGGCUGAAUUCCGGGGAGGAUCAUACUCACUAAAGAAAGUUGUUAUGAUGAUAAGACCUAACCCUAACACAUUUCACUGAAAUAACUCUUCUCUUGGUUUGGUUUGUUGUUCUAAAAAUCACAUAAAGCUAUGAUGUUAUUACCAGAAAUUAUCUUUUCAGAAAUGAGGGAUGUAAGAUACUGUACAUUUAUUGACAAGAUAUGAGGGCUUGUAUAUUAUGUUUUCAAGAAUUAUCCCAGGAAAAAGAACUGAAGAACAGGAACUAUAAUAACAUUCAGAACACCUCUUAGUAGUAUUAGAACUUGCAGUUUAAAUGAAAACUGUAGAUAAGCUUCCUGGUUUUUACUCCCUGUAAAUUAAGGUUGGAUGAUAAAAAUAUUGCCACCACAUUUAAGUAUUUUUGUAUGUUAUGUAUAAAUAUUCUCAAAUACAGGAAAUAUUACAAACUGUACAGCAAGAGUUUUAUUAUUAUUAUUAUUAUUAUUAUUGUUGUUAUUAUAAGCAAUCAUCUGACACAGGAAUCAUAUCCUUUGAGCUAUGUAGCUGGUAUGUGUACAUUAAUGUGAUGAUUAUGUAAUCUUUCUUAACUACCAUGAAUACAGUUAGCACUAUGUAAUUCUGUUUUGAGAGCAGAAAAAA